AUGCAGGCCAGCAAAGAAACCUUCACGAGUUACCGAAUACAGAGACACACACACACACACAUGCCAGAGUUCCAGAACGUCUGCCCAUAUCUUAAUGUCGGGCCUGUUGAUCAUGCCAACGGCAAUCACUUCGACCUCGCCUUUGAUGUCCCGGGCACACGAAAGUCACUUGCUUCGCAUCGCCUCGGCAACGAAUUAAAAAAGUGCUUCAAUUUCUGCACUCAAGGCACUGGCCCAAAUAACGCGUUUGUUUAUGCAGCCUCGUGGAGGAAUUCUUCUGGAGGCAAGGGCCAGAAGAGUUGGAGAAACGAGGAGAAACUGAGGCAGCUGCUGUCAAAGUCACCGUCGUCUCAGCGCUUGAUAAACCAAUUUCACCCAGCCCUUGUCUCCGCCACACCUCCUCCACCUCUACCUCCUCCUCCUCCGCCUCCGUUCGCCCCCGCCGGCCCAUCUCUCCGCCCGCCGACCGGAACUUCUCGUCACUUCAUUCGAUGCCUUGACAGACUGUCACUUUCCGUUCCUCGUGUCUGCUUGCCCGGCGAAAGCCAGUCGAAUAAGGCCAAAUAUGACAUUAUUCACCUGUCCUCAUAA